GCGCGCCAGUUCAUCGUUCAUCAAUGGCAGAUCAAUUGACUGAGGAGCAAAUCGCUGAGUUCAAGGAGGCUUUCUCCCUCUUCGACAAGGACGGUGAUGGUACCAUCACAACCAAGGAGCUUGGUACUGUUAUGCGCUCCCUCGGACAGAAUCCAACGGAGGCCGAGCUUCAGGACAUGAUUAACGAGGUUGAUGCUGACGGAAACGGAACCAUCGAUUUCCCGGAGUUCCUCACAUUGAUGGCGAGAAAAAUGAAAGAUACGGACUCGGAGGAAGAGAUCCUCGAAGCCUUCAAAGUUUUCGACAAGGACGGAAACGGUUUCAUUUCUGCUGCUGAGUUGCGUCACGUUAUGACUAACCUUGGAGAGAAGCUCACUGAUGAGGAAGUUGAUGAAAUGAUUCGUGAGGCUGAUAUCGACGGUGAUGGACAGAUCAACUAUGAGGAAUUCGUCAAGAUGAUGAUGGCAAAGUGAAAUCGCCGCAGUUCUCAUGUUUCCAGCAUGGAUACAAGUCGGUUAUUCCAUCUUCUUGAUACCCUUAGUGAGAACGGACACGUAAGCCAUGAUCACAAGAAGAUUCACCAAAUGACAUGGAUCAUCGGAAACGAUUUGUUUUCGUGCACGAGAAGCUCAAGUUUUUUCAUCAAGUUUCAUGGACGAUGAACAACCUUGGUUGAUUCAUUAUUAACCUAGUUUAAACCUCACUUUUUUUGACAUGUGCAUUAAAUGGUUGUGCUACACCC